AUGGCUCAUCUCUCCUGGAAGGGUCCUGUGGUUUGUGUGGGACUCCUGCAGGUGCUCGUGGACUUGGUUCCUGUGGCUGGUGUGUGCGAGCGGCAGCACGUGGGGAUGUUCAGGACAGCGCAGGAAGUGACGGCCGCGUCCUCCUGCUGCGGAGGGAGGGGGGUGCGCGUCCAGCUGCUGCGCGCAUCUGUGUGCGGAGCUCAUGACAUUGCGCUUGGAGGAUCUAAAGGAGACAAUAGAGAAGCUGGUAACAGAAGGAGCAUAGAACAGGCUGAUGUGAAGGCACAUGCCAUUAUGAGCAAAAGGCAGCUGUCAGUAACUGAGCUCCAGUUACUUCUUCGGAAAGAAGGGAGUCUGGCACAAAACUUCAUUGAUGGAAAGACUCAGCAAGCCCUGGAAGCACAUGACCAGUAGCUGGAUGCCUGUCGAGAGAAGCUUGCAGCCCUGGAGGCCUUCUCACGUCAGACCAGACAAAUACAGCAGCACACUGAUCCUGUUCAGUUGCUGGAGGUGGUAUUGUAUGGUUCCAAGACACUGCAGGCUGUGGGGUCGUUUGCAGGUUUUUUUAUACCUUGGACUUCUUUCAACAAUCAUGGUAAAUGUAGUGAGUGUGUCUGGUUUUUGACUGCAGAUGCAGGAUCACCAACCUGGGAGUAUGACAGCCUUCACCUGAGGCUGAAACUGUCUGAUGACUGACUCGCAGUAAGCUGUAGGAGGAUGUUCUACGCUUGUGGUCCCCAGAGAUUCAAUAAGUUACGGCAAGUGCUAAGGAGGGAUGCCUUCCUCUCUGGGAGCCAUUACUGGGAAGUGGAACUGCUCCACACUGGAGCAGGAUGGUGGGUUGUUGCAGCCUACCCUUCCACCAGCAGGAAAGGAGACUCCGAAACCUGCCAAUGGGGCUACAGAGCAUCCUGGUGCUUUAACAAGUUUGAGUUCAAAUACUGGGCAUUUCACCAGGGAGAGAGAAUUCCCAUCCCCAUAGAAGAUGAUCCCAAUCACAUUGGCGUUUUUCUGGAUUAUGAAGCAGGAAUCCUUUCAUUCUCCAUCAGCGAUGGCAUGGCUCACCUGAACACCUUCCACUGCAGGUUCAUGGAACUCGUGUAUCCAGCCCUGAGGCUCUGAGAAGGAUCCAUCAGGAUAUGCAAACUAAUGUAAGGAACCCAGCAAAGUAAUGCCUACUGUUACAUGCUGCUUCUAUGAAAGCCACUUCAGCGGUGAUGGGCAUGGACAGAUCUCUGACAUAUGAAAGUCCUGUGAUGCAGUUAAGUUCAAAACCAACUAAUUUUUAAUAUAUAUGCAUUUUUCAAUGGGGGAAGGUGAUCCAGCUUUAUAAAUUAUGCC